AUGCCGGACGAAGUAGUACGAGUAUUGGUAGCCUCCACCAAUCCAGUUAAGCUCGAGGCAGCUAGGAUUGGUCUGCAGCCCUAUGUGAAUGGGAGGUUGGUGGUCUCGGGUAUGACAACACCUAGUGGGGUAUCAGAUCAACCAUAUGGUGAUGAGGAGACUCUGCGUGGUGCGAGGAAUCGUUUGGCUGCGUUGUGUCGUGGAACCGAGAAGGCUGAUGUCUAUGUUGCGUUCGAAGGAGGUGUGUUCAAGACUGAGGAUGGACGACUACACGUAGCUGCCUGGGUAUGUGUGACAAUGCAUGGUCAUGACUACGUAUCGGAAGCAAGGACUGCCACUUUCCAGGUCCCACCACCAGUCCAACGGUUAAUGGAAGAGGAAGGGCUCGAGUUGGGCCAUGCUGAUGAUAAGGUAUUCGGCCGUGUCGACUCGGGCCGAUCAGAAGGGACUGUGGGUAUCCUUACCAGUGGACGCCUGUGCCGAGAUCGUUAUUAUGCUCAUGCUUUGGAGCUGGCGAUGAUACCUUUCGUCAACUCUCAUUUAUGGAAGCUGUCAGCGUCGUCUAAGAUCAUACCUAAUAAUCAUGCCUUGUGA